GACUACGCUUAGUACGCUUAGUACUUUGCUACAUAUUCUUGGGAGCCAACGUCUCCGACUAACUGUCCUCUUUAAGGUUUGCACAAGAGCUCAGCCGGUGCAAGGCGGUGGCCUUUCUCCCUCACAAGGCACCCCUACGCCCCUAUGCACUCGCCCUCCCAGGCGCUCCACGCUCAUAGGACCUUACGAGAUAGGAACGAUACAGCACGGGUCAGGGGAAAGAAGCGCUACUGGAGAAGCGGACCGGAAACCCGCGUCUCCCUUCCGGGAACCAGCUUCCGCCUGCUUGCCAAGCAAGCCUUUUAAGGCGGAGCUCUGCGCAGCAUUGGGCAAGGCUAGUGCGCUUGCGCGGCACGGGUACCCGGAACCGUCUCAGCAGAGUUAGAAGAAAUGGCCCUGGUACCCUACGAGGAGAGCGCGGCAAUAGGGCUCCAGAAAUUCCAUAAGCCUUUCGCCACCUUCUCUUUUGCAAACCAUACCAUCCAGAUCCGUCAGGACUGGAGGCAACUGGGAGUUGCUGCAGUGGUUUGGGAUGCGGCCGUUGUUCUUUCCAUGUAUCUGGAGAUGGGUGCUGUGGAGCUCAGGGGCUGCUCUGCUGUGGAGCUGGGCGCUGGCACAGGGCUGGUGGGCAUAGUGGCUGCCCUGCUGGGUGCUCAGGUGACUAUCACGGAUCGAAAAGUAGCGCUAGAAUUUCUUAAGUCAAACGUUGAAGCCAACUUACCUCCCCAUGUCCAACCUAAGGUUGUUGUUAAGGAGCUGACUUGGGGACAAAAUUUGGAAAGUUUUUCACCUGGAGAAUUUGAUCUCAUACUUGGAGCUGAUGUAAUAUACUUAGAAGAUACCUUCACAGACCUUCUUCAAACACUGGAACAUCUCUGUAACAACAACUCUGUCAUUCUUUUAGCUUGCCGAAUCCGCUAUGAACGGGAUAAUAACUUCUUAACAAUGCUGGAGAGGCAAUUUACUGUGAGUAAGGUUCACUACGACCCUGAGAAGGAUGUGCACAUUUACAAAGCACAGAAGAGAAACCAGAGGGAGGACUUGUAGUGAGCAGCAUUUUCUAAGGAUUGAAUGUGCCAGUUAAGGUCUUACAGCUAGGACCCUUGACCAUGUUAAUGAUAUGACUGACUGCAAGUCAUUCUGCUGAGCUCAAGGAGCAAGGCACAUGUGUACUUUGUAGACAGUGCCUUGCCUCAUUGCUGUAACUGUCAGUCAGAUUGGCUCCCUGCCACAGAUGGACAUGUGAUGUUGGCUGGUGUUCUCUCCUUACUGUGUGUUCCCUUGGUAAGCAGUUCCCACUGAUAAGAGAAUGGUGUAAAAGUGUCAGUCAUACAUCCUGGGGUGUAUUUUGUCUACUUUCCUUGUCUGAUGAUUGUAAAUGGAUUUAUUACAUGUAUUCUCUAAAAUGUUUGUACUGUUGGCGUCUCUUACUCUUUUUUUGUGUUAGAUAAGACCUUACUCUGUGGUCCUGGGUCAGUCUGAAGCUGGCAGCCAGGCUGACCACAAGCUUACAGUAAUUCUCUUCCUCUGCCGCCGAGCUGAGGGUUGGGAUUACUGGUGUGUGCCAUGCAGCUGGCUGACCAUCUAGUUCUUAAGCACCUCGAGAUGAGAAUGGGUUUUCUGGGUCUUACAUCCUACCUUUUUACCAGAGUUCAGGGGUAAGUAUAUAAGCAAAGAAAUAAAUAAAAAUAAAAUUUUACAUUUGAAGUUAUGUAAACUUGUAGGUUAACAAUGUCUCCUAACCCCAUGCCUUUGUUUGUGUCAGCUUUGCAGUCUCAUUGUUGCUGUAUCUAUUUCUUAGGUUUUUUUUCCCUUUUAGUAUGUCAGUUUUUAAAAGUUAAAUUUCAUUUCUUCACAAGGGUGAGCUCCCAAGGUGCAAAAAGUGUGCACUGUACCUAUAACCACUCAUCUGAUUUCAGGCUCCCCGGGAGUUGCAAGCCGAGAGCUGCUGGGAGGCCUCUCUCUCUCUGCUUCCCCAGGGUCCAGUGAAAAGUGUAACCAAGUCAUCAAGAUGAAUUCCAGUUAGAGGGAACUGAUGUUUUGUGGUGCUAGGUAUCCAAACCAGGGUUUUUCAGACGCUGGGCAAAUACCAUCCUUAGGUAUUACAUCCCCAGUCAGAGGUUACUAGUUUUUUCAUUUUCUCUGGGUAGACUUUACGAAUAAUGUUAUCAAUACAAGCUUCUCCUUUCAUAUUAAAGCUCAAGCAGUUAGAGCAUAGGUGUUAUAACCACACAGUGGCAUUUGGUAACAGAAAUCUGUUGAAUAGACUAGGACCUCAUUUUUCUUUCAUUAAAUAUUUUGGAUAUGAGAGUA